AUGUCGUCCUGAAAAUUCCGGAAAGAAACGGCGCAAUAGCAACGCCGGUUGCAACAUCGCGUGUUAAAAUAAGUAAAAAACCUUUAAAUGAGUAAAAAGUGUAGUGUAGAAUAAGUGAAACAGUAGUGUACCAUCGUAGUAAGCUGAGGUAAGUGUAGUUCACCUUAAAUGCGUGUUUGUUUCUCGUUUAUCCGCAGCAUCGUGAUCGUGACGCAGUUUCUGAUAUUAUGAAGGAACACCGGAUGAUAAGAAAGGCUAUGGGAUGAAGAUGCUCACAAUUCCAUACUAAACUUUGAGGAGAACGUGUCGUGUACUUUGCCGUGUAGGAAGGGCCCGGUGGCGUCGAGUUGGCCAAGUAGUGUAACCUGCCUACCUUUCUGCGGUCGGUGGCCUUUACGGGGGGAGAAGAACUUCGAGCAGGCACUGAAGGAUGCGCUUAACUUUUGAACGAAGUGAAGUGAUCGAUUGAAUGAUUUGUGCAGCAACAGCAGCAUUCUGUACAUCAUGUGCAGUAGACACAGCAGCCGGUGCAAGGGGUGCGGUGAAUGGGGGAGGUGAAGGAUGCGCUCACCUUUCGAACAAAGAUGCUCCGUUGCCAGCCCGUACGCCAUACGUGAAUGGUGCCGGUGAUGUGCCGAAGGAAAUCGCCGGUCGUGAGUGGAGUGCGGAGACGAUAGAGGACGUCAAUGCGACUACAACGGUGCUUGCCCUGAAGCAUGGACCGAAAAUGUUCAUCGAAAACUACUUCCGUAAUGGCACGCCACCGCUAUCACGACAUCACCGCGGCGCGGGAGAACGAUCGGCUAAGGCCCUGAUCGUCAAUGGGGAGUCCCCUCUGCUGAUCGGGAAUGGUAGCAGCUGCUGCUCGUCAUCCCACGAACGGAUCCACAAUGAAUUACUGCGGCAUGCACUGACGCAUCAUCCGCUCCAUCACCACCACCAUUCGAAUCAGCAUCACAGUGAGGUUCAGCAACGGUACCUCAUCGGAUGCCACUUACGAAAACAGCGAGGAAAGGAUGUGGAGGAAUGUAUCGGCCAAGGGAAUGUGCUCUCCUCGCCAGCCUCGUUGAACGGUUUGUUAAAGCGAUCGGCACCGAAUGAUUCGUACAGUGGCACCUCGACUGGCCAUCAUCACCAUCACCACCAUAAUCGGCAGCAACUCGUUGCUCACCGGAUCAACGAACAAUGCGGAUAGCAAACGGUGCCGGCACUCCUCCACCACAUCAUCCACAUAAUCUCGGCACGGAGUACGGUGGCCCAGCACCACUGUCAUUGCCAGGUACGGGUAUCACGGUGUCCCCAUACUAAGGUGGAAUUCUGCAUGCUGCUAGCAUAGCUUCGGACGAUCUACUAGCGUUACACCUCGCCACCAUGGCAAAGAAAACCAAAGGCCGCAUCGGAACGGCAGUGAUCCAGCAGUUGCGUAUGCUGUGAAGGUGAUGUUGCCGUCAGUGCGACCGAAACUGCCGCGAAGGAAGUUGAUUCGAUUCGAAAGUCGAGAUCGAAUCGAAGUGUAUCGAAAGAGAGCACCAUGCAUGGC